AUGCGCGCCUUCAGAGAAGUGCUUAGCAUCUGUGACCUGCACAAUAUCGGUUUUGAAGGGCUCCCUUACACCUACAACAACAACAACAACAGCGGGCGAAAGAACGUCCGAGUUAGGCUUGAUAGACUGGUGGUCGAUAGCAACUGGAGAGACCUGUUCAACCAAGCAAGAGUCACCCACCUUGUAUCACCUUGCUCUGACCACUCCCCUCUCCUCGUUGAUCUCCUCCCGACUGUCCAGCAGGUAACGAGAAAAGGGAACAGACAAUAUGAGCUGCUCUGGGAAAGAUCGAGUGAGCAUACAAAAAUAAUAGCCAAUGCCUGGGAUGGGCAAUCGGGUGACGACAUGGACAUCAUGGCUCAGCUGAACAAGGUUAUGGAAGCUUUGUACGGCUGGGGGAAGGAAAAAUUCGGCAACGUCAUUAGAGAACUUGAGAAAGCCAGAGGAAAGUUAAAGGAACUGCUGGGGAACGGCGCGGACGCGCGCGAAAUUAGGAAGAUAAACGACAGCAUUAAUGAGCUGCUGUACCAGGAGGAGCUGCUGUGGAUGCAACGCUCGAGAAUAAACUGGCUCAAGGCAGGGGACAGGAAUACAUGUUUCUUCCAUAGCAAGGCUGUGUGGAGGGCAAAAAAGAACAAAAUCACAAAGCUGAAAGAUUCGAACGGGAACUGGAAAAUGGAGCCACCUGAAUUAGAGAAACUUGCCACUGACUACUUCAAAGACAUUUUCACCCAUGACCCUGGCCUAAACCACCGACUUGUCAGCGACCUCUUCAGCCCCAAGAUCACAGAACAUAUGAACACUGAGCUUUGCAAGGAUUUCUCUGUACAGGAGAUCUCGAACGCUCUCUUCCAGAUUGGGCCCAUUAAGGCUCCCGGGCCAGACGGUUUCCCGGCGAGGUUCUAUCAGAGAAACUGGGAUACCCUCAAGGAUGACAUCGUCGCGGAAGUCCAAAGAUUCUUUGCCACUGGAAGAAUGCUAGCGGGUAUGAAUGACACCUCUAUCGUCCUCAUCCCAAAAUCGGCCCAGAAGCUUGGCUUUGCUACCCAAUGGAUUAGUUGGAUCAUGGCUUGUGUUACGUCGGUCAGGUAUUCUAUCAAGCUGAACGGCAACCUGUUGGAGUCCUUUUCCCCCACAAGGGGGUUGAGGCAAGGAGACCCGUUAUCCCCGCUCCUGUUCCUCUUUGUGGCCGAUGGCCUGUCGGCCCUCCUACAGAAGGAGGCCCAACUCAACCGCAUUUCCCCAAUACACAUCUGUAGAAGGAGCCCGGGUGUUUCUCACCUACUAUUCGCUGAUGACACACUCCUGUUCUUCAAGGCUGACUCGAACGAAGCAAGCAAGAAUGAGAUCAAAAUUAUUCUCCAGGUCCAGGCGGAUGGGUUUGAGGCCAAGUACCUUGGACUUCCUACGCUGGAAGGAAGGAUGAGGAAAGAUCUGACGGUUUUGAUCAGGAACUUUUGGUGGGGUGCUGAGAACGGUCGUCGUAAAACCCAUUGGGUUGCAUGGGACAGCAUGCUGCGACCAAAGACUAGAGGGGGGUUGGGAUUCAGGGACAUGCAGAUUAACAAGGUAUCUGAUUUUAUUGGCCCAGAUGAAAACUGGAAUGUUCAGCUACUUGACACGUAUUUCCUGCCAAUUGACAUUGAGGAAAUUAGGAAGAUUAAGCUCUACCCCGACGAGGUGGAAGAUUUCGUGGCUUGGGCCCCCGACAAAAAAGGCGUGUUCAAUGUUAGAUCGGCAUACUUCCUGGGCCUAUUUGAGAAAGAACAAGAACUCGGACUGGGGGAGUCCAGCGCUAGGCCUGAUGGAUCCAGCCCAAAAUGGGCUCUGCUCUGGAAAGACAUAGUUCCAAAGAAGGUGAAUGUUUUUGCCUGGAAGCUGAGCCGGAACGCUUUGGCCACCAAGGGCUCUGGCAGGCGAUGCGAGCUCACUGGGACCUUCCCCGGGAAGAUGAAAUUGUGA